UCGGGCUUCUGUUUCACUCACAGACAUGUAGCUGCUCAAUGUAGGUUAGUCAGCGUUAAACACGACUGUCAAGUAACUGGGUGAUAUGGAGAGCGUUCAACAGGAGCAGGCUGCUAGUUCAGCCAACAGACUCAGGAUGUCUUCGAGUCAGCCUCACCUAUUACCUGACCUGUGUUUUAGUUCCUCCGUUUGUAAAAUCACAGAUGAAAGCUUGCCAUACAUGUCAGGAAUUUUUGAUGAUACUUUGAAUCCCUCUUUUAUGUCGAAUGGACCAGUGGCAACUGCUGACAUCCCUGACCAGUUAAAACCAUUGCCAAAAAAUCCUGAAGAGCAAUCAAUAUCUAAGGCUUUCAACAACAGUUGGCUUAGUAUACCAGUGGAGAAUGGUAAUCAAUUAGAUUACAGCAUAUCCUUUACAAUGCCACAAAACAACAAUGAAGACGCUGCUAAUGUAACUGAAACCAAUCUGAAAGAAGAUUUCUCUGGUCAACCAGAAUCCACAAGUUGUACUGAAAAAUGUGAUCCUGGAGUGCAAUCUAAAAAUGGUACUUUUAAUAACAGCCUUAAAGAAAGCUCUCCUGGACUAAAUUCUACCAAACCUCUUCUCCGUGAAUCCCCAGAAUCAAACAAGUCGGUGGAGCUUCAGGAAAAGUCUGCUAGACUUAGUUCUAUUGUUUAUACGGAGAAUGCAGGUCUUGAAGACAAAUCUGAAAAGCAUUUAAACUCAACUGUUGACAUUUGUGGCUCUGCAAAUGUUACCUCAGAGCAUCCAACAACAGAGAAAUUAGACUGUACCGUUGAUAUUACGCAUUCUACUGUACCGAAACAAGAGCGGAGCAGUGAAAAACUUGCAGCGGAUGAGAAGCUCGAUAGCACUGUUGAUAUUUCUCAGUCUAGUGUGGUUAAACAAGAGCAGGACAAGAAGAGACUUAGCUCCACAGAGAGGCUUAAUGAAAAGCUUGACUGCACUGUGGAGAUCAAUAAUUUGAAUGUGGCGAAACAAGAGCAGGACAAUAACCGGGAGCAGCCCGACGUGAAGCUUGAAUGCACUGUAUCCAUUGCUCAGUCAGAUGUACCAGAGCAAGAGCCGAGUCUUGGUCUUAGUUGUAGUAAGGACAGUGAGAAGCAAUGCACUUUUACAAAGUCUACAACAGAGACGAACUCAAGUGGUGACUUGACUGCUGACAUAGACAAAAAUUCCAGUGCAUCUUCUCACGUCUCCACUAUAGUCGGUCAGCCAAGUUCUGUCAAUUUGGAAAAAGUUGAUGGUACGUUUACUAAACACAAUGCAACCACUGAUCUUGCACCUGUAGGGCCUGUUCCUGACACAGCCAAUACCACUAUGAACAUUACAAAAAAAACCAAUAUAGAUUUACCACUGGAAUCUAGUCCUAAUAAUGGCCUUGGACCUGUAAAAGACCCUGUUCUAUCUGAACCAUCAGUUCCAGUCAGCACAGCCCCAACAGUCAGUAUUGAGAUUGCAGUUUGCUCCAACAGAACUCUGGAUUUUCCAGAGACUGAAAGUAAAGCAGAGGAGCAACAGGAUGUAUUCAGGAGGAGAAAUGGAGUUUCUGAUAAUGAGAGUUGCAUAAACCUGGACAUUAGCCACAGCAGCAUGUUUUCCCUGGAUGAAAUGCUUGACAUGAAACCCCCUCCCCUUGUUGCAUCCACCCCUAUUAUUUUAAACAGAGGCUUUGACAGACUGGGAUCCAUUAGGCCCAUAGAUAUGCAACAUCGUCUUUCUGUAAUUAACAAUGUGGACAAACCUCUGAACAACGAUGCCAUCAGCAUCGGCACAAAUGAUGGAUCGGAUGCAUCGAAGACAAAUCCACCAUCCAUUAGGUCUGAGACUUCUAGUCAGAUCCAAAAGGUUUCAGCAAAGGGCACAUCGAAUUCCACCACUGAAUCAGUUGUUAUCAACAAACCUCCCUCAAAACUUGCAGCCAGGAGGAAAAUUCCCCAGCCCUCUAAAUCAAAUAUUCCCAAGACUCAGAUCUCAUUAAGGCCUCCCAUCUCACAAUUGGCAUCCGUUGCUGGUAAAUCAAAGAUUGUGACAGCAGCUCAAACCCUAAAUCAGCCGAAGAUGUCCUCAUCUGCUCUGAACAGCAUGAGGAGGACGGCUCAUCUUAAUAAUGGGAAAAACCUCGCUUCUGUCAAGAAUACUGCGCCUGCCUUCACUCCAAAGACCUCAUCUUUAGCUGCCAGUGGAUGUAAUUUGACUACAGAUAUUAAGGCUUCAAACACUUAUCUGGCACAGCCUAAACCAUCUGGACUGCAACCCCCCGGCAGAGGAAGAUUUGGUCUUAAGCCAACUGGGACUGGUGUUUUCCCUGAAGACACUGGUUUGUCUCAAACCACUAACAGACAGACUGGUUUAUCAGGUAUAAGGACAAGGAGUUCACUGCUUCCAGGUUUAUCCCAGAAGCAUGCAAGCAGUGAUGCCUUGCCAUUGGCAAAAAGGAAAAAAACUGAUAUGCAGAACCAGCCUACCUGUGCUGAAGCACUAUCAAGUACUAAGCUAGGUGGAGGUGCUCAGAAGCUUAUCGCUGCACCCACAGACAUCAGACCGAAGGGACUUAACAAUGACUGCCAAAAUUGUACACUGCUUCAGGAGAAACUGCAAACAUUCCAUCAAGAACUGGGAGGAUUUCUUCAAGAGCUUGGAAGAAUACCUGCAGAUUGUGGAAAUUGGACUUCAUUUCAACAGAAAUUUGAAGUGUGUUUAGAAGAGUUUAGGAGAUUACAAGCAGCACAUCAGUAAUGAAGAGGACCUGAUCUGCAAGCUUAUGUUUUGUAUAUUAUAGUUAAUAAAAUUAUUAAAUUAUUGUG